UUUAUACCCGUGCAACAAGUGCCCACCCAGCAAAGAAAGUCUACUGGUACAGAAGGGUUAGCUUUACCAACAUAAUGGUGCCUCAGCUACAAGUGGACUGCAUUGUUGAAAAACCUCUAGGCUUGGUGGCAGAGGUAGCUCCGAAUGUGGUUGCCUCCUCUGUGUGGUCUGAUGCAGAAUUUUGUCAGCCUCACAAUAGUCACCUGUACUCUCCAAGUGGCUGGUGUUCUGGAGUCCUAGACAAUAACCAGUGGUUGCAGCUGGAUCUUUGGUCAGAAACAGCUGUUAGUGGAGUCAUCACCAGAGGUAGAGGGAACAGUACCCCGUAUGAACGUGUGACAUCAUACAAGCUUCAGCACAGUGUCGAUGGAAACACCUGGACGACUUAUACUGAUGGAUACGGUGCAGAAAAGAUUUUCACAGAUGACACGACAUUGGAGGCAAAUGUUGGGUUUCUUGAGGCACCAGUUUUUGCGAGGUACAUCCGUAUCUUACCACAGACGUGGAACAACCACAUCAGCAUGAGAGUGGAUGUGCUGGGACUACUUCCUCAGGAAACAACCAUUCAGAUUUGUGAGGAUCAACCAAUGGAGGUUUCCUGCCCUGCAGAGAUGACUCUGUCCAUUGUGAAUGCCAGCUUUGGUCAGCAAGCUCCAUUCCCAGCUUGUUAUGGUCCAACUAGCAACACAGAUUGUCCUGCUACAGACAUCCUGCCUACUGUGAGGAGCAUGUGUGGGGGUGAACAACACUGCUCAGUGGCGGCUUAUAAUUACUAUACUAUCUUUGGGGAUCCUUGUCCAGGGAUGGGCAAAUAUUUCCAAAUGACAUACCAAUGUGUCAAAGGUUGGAGUGACUGGUCACUGUGGUCUGACUGUACCAUCUACUGUGGCAGCGUUGGUCAGCAGUCUCGUGUGCGUACAUGCGAGGUCAUGGGCCACUGCAAGGGGGAGGACAUACAGACGCGAGACUGUGGGAACUAUGCAUGCGCUGAAUGGGAGGAGUGGCGUCCAUGGAAUCCCUGUUCCAUCACUUGUGGCGGUACCGGCAUGAGGUCCCGAGGUCGAUCCUGUGUAGGCAAGGGAAGCUGCGCUGGCCAAUCAUACGAGCGAGAGCAGUGUAUUGGCGCAGACCUUUGUGGAGAUGAAAUGAUGGGAGACUGUCGCUUUGAACAGGAGAACCUGUGUGGAUACACCCAGGAGCGGGGAGAUGAUGCAGACAUGCUUCGGCAGUACUAUAAUUCCUACCCAUACACUCAAGGAUAUGUUGUAUACCCCCCUGCACCUGAUGUCAUGGCUCAACUCACGUCACCUUUAGUAUCAUAUCACUCGGUCAGGUGUCUCCAGUUUGAGUAUCGCAGCAUGAAUGGGUACCACCAGUAUGCAGAUAGCUAUAGUGUGACAGUCUACAUAAGGUUUGGUGGAAGUACAGAUCGCCAGUAUGCUCUGUGGAAGACAUCUGCUCCCAUAGCACAAAACAUGUGGUCCAAGGCCACUGUUGAUAUUAGUGUACUGCAACACUUUGUGGUUAUGUUUGAAAUAUUUGGCAAGGUUAUGUUGGACAAUGUAAAGUUCUCCAGCGGCAUAUGCAGUGGAAACUGUAGCACACGUGACUACUCCUUUUCAUGUCCGGUUGCUUCUGACUGGAGUUUUGCCUCAGAUGAGAUGUGUGCACCACCUAGCAGUUACACAGGGAGCUGCAGCGCCACUAACCUACAUGCACUCACAGCUCUGGAGAAGAAGAAUUGGGAAGACAUGUGUGGAGUAAGAUGGCCAUGUGCAGAUAAUUGCCAUGUAUGUGGCCACACACAGAAUAUCACAGAGCCAUCUGGGUGUUUGCUGAGCCCAAAUUAUCCUUACAACUAUUUCCAGGAAACACUGUGUUCCUGGAAGAUCAUUGUUGAGAAGGGCAAGAUUGUGAGUCUUUCAGUCACAUCCAUAUCCCUGGAGGAACACCCCGACUGCAUCAAAGACGCCCUCACAUUUUACGAUGGAGAAGGAGAUGAUGCGCCUGUCUUGCAUCGGCUGUGCGGCAGUGCUACUCCCAGGACCUUCUACUCCACAGGAAAUGCUGUGUUUGUCAAGUUUCAGUCCAACUUCAAUCAACAAUAUGAAGGCUUUGUGGUUACUUACUCCAGUAGGCAGCCCCAUCGUAAGUGA